AUGGCCGGCGAAUCUUCAUCUUCUUCUCCCUCCACCGCCCCUCUCAAUCCUUUUCACCUUGCUCAUGCCAUCUCUAAUAUCAAAUCCCUUAUCCCCGUUACUCUAGAUCUAAAAAAUCCUAAUUAUCAAAAGUGGAGCCACUUUUUCACGAUUACCGUCGGUCGUUUCUGCCUCUCCGAUCUUCUCCAUGGCAAACCCCGACCGGAUUCGAUUUCCACCGACGAAUGGCAGCGAGCCGACUAUCUCCUCCAAUCUUGGAUCUACGGCACCAUCUCCGACGAUCUAUCCAGCAUGGUUCUCUCAAAAACCUCCAACGCCAGUGAUCUAUGGAACGCCAUCUCUUCUCUCUUCACCGAUAACAAAGACUAUCGAGCCAUUCAACUUGAAGAAAAAUUCAAGUCCCUCAAGAAAGGCGCUCUCUCCAUUCACGAUUACUGUCAAAUAAUCAAGACCAUGGCGGACAGCUUGGCCGAUGUCGGAAAUCCAAUCUCCGACAAACAACUCGUUCUACAAACCCUACACGGCCUUCCAAAAAAUUACGGGACCGUCGCCAAUCUCAUCUCCUUUCAAAAUCCCCUCCCCACCUUUCUACAGACUCGUUCGCUCCUUCAGAUGGAAGAAACAAGAAUUUCUGAACCGGAGCAGACCGCUGCUGUUUUCUACGCCUCCAACGCGAACUGUCCAUCCAACAGUUGCAACAGUUCCUGCAACAGUUCCCGCGGAGGUAGUUCUUCGCGCUAUCAGCGCGGGGGUGGCCGAUCCAACCGUCGCGGAGGUCGCAACACUAACCGUCACCCCAUGCAGCACUACGGCUAUCAUAGUGCUCAUGGCGCAUCUCAACUUUGGCGCGCACCUUACCGACAACAGUCAAUUCUGGGAUCCGCUCAAAAUACAUCGGGCCACCCAGCGGCCCAAGCCUACUUUACUGGGCCACCUGAACCCUACACCGGUCACUCGGCUCCUACUCAGGCUCAUCCGCAGCAGCAACCGUGCCACAGCUCCAGCAGUUCCAUCAACAGUUGCAACAGUUCCUGCAACAGUGCCAGCGUGGCAGAUCUCGCAAACCGUUUGAAUACGGUGACACUUCAGCAGCCUACCGAGUCACAGUGGUUCAUGGACAGCGGGGCGACCUCUCAUAUGGCACCACACUCAGGUAAUUUCAAUUUUGUUUUUAAUCCUAGCAGUAAAUUCCCCAAACAUGUCGUCGUCGGUAAUGGUUCCACCCUCCCCAUAACCCACAUAGGCCACACAAUUCUUCCCACCACUCCUUUUCGCCUCACAAAUGUCUAUGUCACACCCAAUAUCAUCAAACACCUUAUAUCUGUUAGAAAGUUCAACCGUGAUAACUCAUGUUCGGUUGAAUUUGAUCCAUUUGGUUUUUCUGUGAAGGAUCUUCGGAGUCGAGUCGAGAUUUUCAGGUGCAAUAGCUCCGGUGACCUAUAUCCGUUUAGCGUCCCUCCCCCCACCUCACCUCCUGCUGGUUUCCUCACUGUCUCAACACCUUCGUCUCGCACUCUUUGGCAUCGGCGUCUAGGCCAUCCCGGCAAACACGUCAUUUGA